CUUUCCCACUCGUCGAAAUUUGAAAUAUGAGGCUCUGCUCCCGCGAGCCCCGUCCCCAUCGUAUUGAAGUUGUGCCCUUUAAUGUCGCCGGCGGCGAAGUGUGGCACAAGGUAAUCUCGCCUCCGACCAGAAAUAUCCAUCACAUCCGGGGAUGUACCCGAUAUCCACUGUAGAUCUGUCCCUCACGGUAGUCAGGUACCCGUCCCGCCACCUCGACGUGACUUUAGUACAUGAUCCCGAUGAAAGCGAGGCUUCAGCUUUAUGGCCAUUGGCACAUCAGACAGAAGUACUGGGACAGAGACGUGUCAGGCCCCAGCAUCAGAAAACGGAGACAGACAGCUGUCGCUGCCCAUGUUGGGGCCACGUUCGUCCUCCCAGAUCGACCACUCAAUAUCAGCAUAUGCACGGAACGAGACAGGCCAUGUCGUUAAUCAGAGGGUGCUUUUGUCAAACAGACCCAACCCAGCCACUACCGAGCAACUUGACUUUGGAUUACAAUCGCUGAAUGUUCGUGACCAAAACCAUGAUUCUGUGUUGGGAAGAAAUGAAGCCACCGCGAUGGUUGAAUCACCAGCAGGAAGUUUACUAAGACCUCCAAGCCCAGAGGCGAAGACACCAAAUAGGCCUCGGGAGGUUACAUAUGCUUCUUCCGUUGCAGGAAGCUCGAACAGAGAGACAAGACCGCCAAGACAAGACUCAGCGUAUUUUUCGGCCAGAGGCUUGGAAGAUAAUGGGUCUGAGGUCGAUUUCGAUGCCCAAGCUCGACAGUUGAGAGCUCGAGAGCGAAUAAUCAUCCGUCGUGAAAGAGUACGAAGGACGAGGCGUUUGUUCCGAAACUGUAGAGACAAAGUGCAAGCAUAUCGGGACGCGGUUCGAGACGCUGUUGAUAAGUUGACAAGGAACAUCAACGAGCAGAGAGCUUUGAAUCUGGAUGUUCGAGAAAGUAUCGAUCCGUACUACGACAAGCUUCGCAUCGCUCAAGACCAACUCGGCCCUGCUGAAGAUGAAUACGAUGCCUUGGAGAGAAGGUUGGACGAAGAAGAAGAUGACUUCGAGGAAGAAGAGGACCAUUUCUAUCGUCACUACGAUCUUUUCAAUAUAUCUGUACCCGAAGCCGACAUCGAUGCCCCACUCUCGCCACUGGCAGAGCCAUGCCAACCUACCGGCUCAGAACCAGCGGAAAUCAUGUUGGAAAACAGUCUGGUGCGAGAAUAUUUGGACAAGAUGGAAGAAGCAGAACGCUUAAAAGACGACGUAGAGGAUUUGGAAAAUGAGUACUUACAGGUCUCAGGAGAAGCUACCUUUCGUCGACGACAUGAUCUCCCCCUUUCUGAAGACUCCUCCAAAUUCCUCCUCGACUAUCCAAAACUGCAUGCCGAAGCUCUCAAUGACCUGCACGAUGCCGAAGAUGCCCUCUUCGAUACGCGAGACAAAUGCAUUGAGCAAGGCGUUUUCACGGAAUCUGAGUAUGCGUACGAACCAAGAGACGCGCUUCGAGACGAGGUUAUGGAUUACGUGUUUGAUGCGGAAGAUAGAUCAUCUAUACGCAAUGCGGUCCACCACCUCCACUACAACGAGAAAAGCACAGAUUUUGGAGACAAAAAGGACUAUGUCAAUAAGUGGCUGCUGCAAUGGGUUGAAGAAAGCGCUGUCGGUGCUUUGCUCCUCCGAGCUUUUAUAUACUUCGAAUACCCAGAUGAUACAAACAAGCUAGGAGAGGAGAAGUGGUCGGAGUUGGCUGUGCAGAAUUGGGAUAAGGAUCAAGCGGGCGACUCUGCGAACAAAAACAACAGGGAAAGCAGACUCGACACAAUUGCCGGAAUUGAUCCAGGAGCGGUUGGCAAGAAGCAUGCUACAAGUACUGCUAGAUCUGGCUUUUCAAGCAGCUUUGGAACAUUGGAGGUGGAGGUCGUUGCUGACGACGAAGCUCUGACCUCAAGAAGUGAAUCCGUUGCUACUCGCUCGACCCAACACGCUAAAUCUCCAACUACUCCUAAGCGACAAAUCUUUUCAAGUACAGACUCACAGCACAAUGACUCCACGCCAAUUGCAGCCUCUCAAGCUCAAGGCACUGGAUCUAAUAGUUUUGAGCUUGUUAUUCACGCUGCUCCAAUUCAACCAGAUAUCUCUUUUGGAAAUGUCAACUUUUCCGCUUCUUUCCAAAGCAUCAACAGCAUUGCCACAUCAGGAGGAGCUCUAUCUCCCCAUACAUCAUGUACUGACACAGCAACAUUCUCAACCGAAAACGAUGAUAGCCGCCUCGAUGCUGCCCCGGUAGACAACAGUAAAGACUCGACAUGUAAAGGCAGCAAUUCAUCUGCCAUACAAGAGGGCAUUGCUACAAUCCACCCAAGCAAUGUAUGUCUUCCGGAUAUUGAGAAGUCAGAAACUCAUGUUUUGGCACCAUCACUAUUGGAAGAAUCACAGACAUUCCAUCCCAGCCGACAGAAUGAUACAACAUCUACCCCGAAGGCACGACCUAUUCUUGAUAACACAGAGAACAUCAACAUGGCAACCCUAAAUUUGUACGAGACUGCCAUGAACGAGACUCCGAAAGCACCAGCUACGAACCUAGAAGCCGUAGAACUUGAUCCACCACCCCUCCUUUCCACCCACAAUGAUUUCUCUUCCACCGAACACCUUUCGACAGACUCUAAUACAGACACCAACCUCAACCCCCCACUGCCAUCACCUUCAACACCAAUCCUCACCAUCCCACCCGAUCCUCCAGAUCUCAGCAAACACCAGAGAGCCAAAAGCGACGACAUCAUUCCUGCCUUACGAACGAGCAGCGAUCCGGUCCGGAGCCAAAGAUUCCUGGACAGUCUGCAAGUCUCAACCGAUACCCAGAAAAAACGUCGCCGCAGCGUCUCGCCGACAUCAUUCAUGUUUGUCGCUUCACACACUUUGCGGAAGAUGUCCAGCUUCAGCACAUUGCCUCACCAUGUGGAUGCCGAGUCGCCAAUAUAGAGAAAAAUUGCAAAACCCGUUUCCAGAUACUAGCUGGAGUAUCUGGGCGGGAUGAAGAGAUUCGGUAUACCACGGUAUACCACAGUAUACACCGAGAAGUGGUUGAGUAUAUCUUGGUAGGAAGCAAUAACUUAAUCAACUAUUCUCGGGCUUAACUACCAAAGAUAUGCUUAUUGAAAUUUACAUGUUUUAUAGGCGAAUGUCACCCGAACGGGAUUGUCGUCAGGCGGCAUUCAGCUCCGAAUAUGAAUGGAAGGGCUAGAAGCCGGGUCUCGCAGACGUAUCAUUUC